AUGAACGACCAGCAGCAGCCGCCCGACCUCUCGGGCCUGCUCCUGCGCCUGUACCAGCAGAGCCAAGGGAUACACAAGUCGAGCAAGAAGGCCUCGGACGAGCUCCAGUCGCACCUCGCGACGACCGCGCUGCCCGUCGACUGCCAUGAAAAGCUCUUUCACCAGAUUCUGCACCAUGCGACGCUGUCGGGCGACGCCAACGCGGGCCCGACGCGCUGGCUCACGCUCGUGGCCGCGUCCAACCUCCUCUGCACGGCGGGCAUGCUCGCCAUGUACCCGAUGCCCGUGCAGCAGAAGAUCCUCCUACGCGUCUUACCAGAGGCGCUCGAGCGCUGGUUCAAGCUCACGGCGACCGACGACCGCCAAGUGCAUGGCAAUGGCCAACUCCGAGACGGCGUCUUUGUACCGUCGACGAUCCUCCAGCACGAGCGACUCUCGCAGCAGAGCGGACAGGCGUUUGCGCUUGCCAUGUUCCUCGACGCGAUCGUGUCACUGCUCGAGGGUAGCGACGACGAGGCCGCGGUCGUCGAGCUCAGCCGCGUCCUGCAGACGACCGCGAUUGCUCACCCGAGUGCGCUGCAGAAAGGCUUUGUCCGGGCUGCAAACGUUCUCCUUGGCUGGACGAUGCGCGUCGAGACGGCGCCGGUCCAUCGGGACCUGCUCGUGGCCGUCCUCUUUGACUGCAAGGAGCUCUGGGCGACCAACACGGUGUUUGCCUCCCAGCUCAUUACGUCUCUCGUUCGGGACAUUGAAGAGCACAGCGGCAGCUUGCACUCGCCGUUGGACCUCGAGCGCUACAACGCCGUGGUCGUGUGCUUUCUCGCGGUCGCGCACGGUGUCGGCGAUAUCGCUGCCAGCGCACUCGCGCAAGUCGUGCACGCUCUCUUGAGCUUUGGCGGUCACUACCUCCUCUCGAUCAAGACGGUGCUGCACUGCGCUCGGACCUUUGGGAGCGUCGCCAGUGCCGCUGACUCGUGGGCGCUCGCGGCGGUCGACUGUCUCUUGCUGCACACGUGUGCGCUCAGCGAGCGGCACUUGGCGUCGACCAAUCAAGUCGCGUCGGUGCUCGAUGCUGUCGACGCGCUCUUGUCACCGCUGCCCGUACAGCCCAUUGCAGCGCUGCGUGUGCUCACCCGGCGCAUCCCAACCGACCUGCCCAUGCCGUAUGGCGCCAAGACGACGGCCGUGCCGACGGCAGUGAUGACGACGCCGACGCAUCCGCUCACGGCGCUGAGUCACCUCGUGCAUCUUCCGAGCUUGUUGCCGCGUGCGACGCGCCUCGCGACGGCCAUGGCGCGCGUCGGUGGCGUCUCGAUCCUCGAGGUCUACAGCCUCGACGCCGUCGGGUCGAGUCGGGACGUGACAUACGCAAUGUUUUGCCUCAUGGUGCUCGGUAUCGCCGCGGUCCCCGAGAGCAUUCCGGACCAGAGCUGCCUCGAUGGCAUCUGCACGCGUCUCGCCAAGGCCCUUGACAAGUGGCCAACGACCGCGCCUCUGUACAUGGGCACAGUCCACGUCUUGCGCCGCCUUCUGCCGCGCUCGUCGCAUGCAAUGGACAGCGCGCCGUUGCUUGCGACACUUGCGACCCACGUGGCGUCCUACGCGCACGCCCCGGUGUUUCAGCUGUUUCUGUACCUGCUCGAGCACUUGCCGCCUUCGCUGCCGCUGGAUGCGACCUUGCAGCGCCCGUUUGAUGCGCUGGCACGGCACCGGACGCCAGACGUGCGCGCGUUUGCCCUGCGCUGCCUCGUCGCGUUCGAGUCGCCGACGCUCCUCGACGUCGGCCUCGCGAGCCUCUUUGACCCGGCAGCGAUCGUGUCGACGCCGGCGCUAGCGCUCGUCGCGCAUGCGGUGCUGCAGCCACGGCCUGCAUAUGUCUUGCCACGCCUGUACCGUGCCCCAACAACCACGGCGGCGUGUACGCUGACGAGCUUUGCGUCGCUCCUCGCCUUGCUCGAGACAAAUGACGAAGAGCUCUGGACCAAACCGCUGCUGACGAUUCGCGACCAGCUCUGGGCCGCGGCGACGUGGUGUGUCGAGGCGCGGCUGCGCACGCACUAUGGCAACGCCGGCCAGACCUUUGCUGCCCUCGAGCGGCUCCUUGUCCAGCGCAGUGGCGUCGCCGGUCGUCUUCUUGUGGAGUUUGUGCAUGCGCUCGAGCUCGCGAUCCUGCAAGCGUGCCACGACCCGACGCGCCGCCCCAUGGAUGCGAAAGCGCAGGCGUUCUAUACGACGAACCGCAAGGUGUGCGAAGACUGGCUGCUCCGCAUUCGACCGGCGCUUGUGCGUAUCUGUGACGCGACAGACGCGACGUCGCUCAUGGCCUAUCACGCGCUCUCGUUAGUGCGCGGGCGCAAGCCGUCGGCGCCCGCGCUGUACUCGGCAGCCACCGGUCUCUGUGACGUGCUGGACGUUCCGUCCUUGGUCGGGUUUGGCGCGUAUGCAAACACGCAUGCGCUGCACGUGCCAUGGCUGCCCGCGAUCGUCCAAGAAGCGCAGCUGCUCUAUGAAGACGCAGCGAAAAGCUACGAGCAUUUGCUGGCGCCGCUCUUUGCGCUCUCGGAGCGCCAUGCGUCCGGAAUGCACCUCGCGUUCGAGUCGGAGGCGACCAAGCAAGCGACGCUCCGGUCGCUGCAGACGACGCUCGCCGAGGCCGGCCUCGAACAUGUGUCGCUGGCGUCGCUGCUCGUGCGUUGUGCCAAGUGCUACGCCAAGGUGCACGCGUGGCUUCCUGUGAGCGCGCUCAUGCGCAACUCGCUGGACUUGAGUCUAUUUCUCAGCCACCUCCAAGCCUGCACCGACGAAACACUCAGUGUCGCAACCGACAUGACGGCGCUCGCCGCGUCGUGGGACAUGGAGCACGCGCUCGUUCGCACCAAAACGAACCCGAGUCUCCGGUUCAGCAGCCUCCCGACGACCCUCCCGCCGUUGCAAGCGUGGACCGUCCUGAGUGUCGUCGACGAUGCGCUCGUUCGGGUGUCGCUGGCGCCGUCGCUCGCCGACGUAUGCCUUGACGGACACGCCGCGCUUUUGGCCAAAAAGCUCAAGCUCUCGACGCUCGAUGAGCAUGCGGUCGCCGCCGUCAAAGGCGCGCAUCUGAGCCAGCGCCUCCAAGCCACGCUCGUUCACGUCAAGUGCCUCGAAAUGCUGCGGCGCGCCAAGCCGGCCGACGACGUCCCGCGGCUCCGCGCGUACGAGCACGAUGCGAGCGUGUACCUUCCGCUGCUGGACGUCUCGCGUUACCUGGGCCUCGACCAAUUCGACGUGCAACUGCAGAUGGUGCGGCUUGCGCGCAAGCAGGGCAACCUCCAGUUUGCGUCGUCGCUCUUGGCGCAACUCGCCGACGUGCCGGCCAAAGCUGCCAUCGUCAACUACGAGCAGGCGUGCCUCGACUUUGCGUGCGGUGCGCCGGCCGACGCGGUCGCGCGCCUCUUGCCCGUCACGCCCGACGCCCACAACGUGCACGUCAAGGCCUACGGCAAGAUUGCGUCCUGGCUGCAAGACGAGCAUGCAUGGGUUGGUGCCGAGGCCAAGCGCAAUGCCGUCGUAUAUGGCGACCCCACGGCGCUCAUUGAAGCGAGCUUGGCGGCGGCCACGCAGAUCGCACCGACGUCGUACCAGAGCUGGCUCGCGUGGAGCGACUACUGGUUCCAUGCAAGCACGACCGCCAGUAUGGCGCUGGCGCCGGACGACGCGACUGCGCUGAACUUGCUCUUGGCCGAUGACGCGCUGGCCCCGCAUGCCGACGCGUUGCGUGCCAGUCUCGGGCACAUGAUCCAAGACGACGAAGACGAUCGUAUUUCAUUUGCGACAUGCUGCGAGUCGGUGCCCGACUCGAGAGCGCUCGACCAGCUCCAGACGCUGUACCAACGGGUGCGGGCGCAGGCGCUCACAUCGCACCAUGCAGCGAUUCAAGGGUACUUUACCUAUCUGCAAACAGCGUCGCCGGCGUCGAUCCAGUCGCACGGGCUCAUUGUCACACUGCGACUGCUCGGGUUUCUCGUGCGCUGGGGCACCGAACACUCGCUGCAAGCGGUUUUGGACGACGGCGUUGCGUUAUCGCCGAUCACGCCUUGGGAACGCAUCGUCCCGCAGCUGCUCUCGCGGCUCAAGCACCCGAAUGCGAGCGUCGCCGCGCGUCUCACGUGCAUUCUGUCUCGACUCGCGGCGCAGCGCCCGCAGCUCAUGGUCUACCCGGCGGUCGUCGAAUCGAUGGCUACAGCGUCGCUUCUCGAUGCAAACCUCGUCGCCGGUGUCCACCAAGUGGUCAAGGAACUCCGCCGCGUCGCCUUGCUCUACGAAGACGCAUGGGUGAGCCUUCUGACAAAGCUGACGACGGACGUGAGCCGGCGCGGCCAUACGCUCGAGAAGGAAGCGGCUCGGAUGGAGAAGAAUAAGUCGCUUUCGUUCGAGGACAAGCGGCGCCUCGGGCAGCAGACGUAUGUCGCGAUCCUCAAGCCCGUGCUCUCGGCGCUCGAGUCGCUGAGCGCCGAGACAUGGCAGCGCCCGCCGACGACGCCCCACGAACGGUGGUUUGUACUGCAUUUUGGCCCAGCCCUCGAGUCGGCAUUGGAGCGGCUCCGCGCUUCGUGCGACGCACCGGCGCUGCUCGCACGGGUGUGGGCGCCCUUCCACGACCUUCUCAAGCGUCUGCAGCCGCACCAGCGCCGCCUCUCGCUGCCGUUGGCCGAGAUCUCGCCGCUGCUCGCGACCCUUCGAUCGGGCGUGCCGCUGCCAGGAGCGACAAAUACGACGGUGGACAUUGCCCAUAUCGACGUGACAGCUCAUGUGCUGGCGACCAAGACACGGCCCAAGACUUUGGUGCUGCACGGCACGGACGGCCACUCGUACCAGUAUUUGCUCAAGUCGCGCGAGGACCUGCACUUGGACGAGCGCAUCAUGCAGCUACUCGCGACGAUCAACGUGAGCUUGGGCGCCAACAAGGACGCGCGGUACAUGGACCUUGGCGCCCGGCACUACAGCGUCAUCCCGCUAGCCAACGACGCGGGCUUGAUCCAGAUGGUGCCCAACGUCACGCCGCUCUUCCAGCUGCACACGCCACCGUCGUCAUCAUCGUCGUCAUCGCCCACGGCGCCGUUUUACGCCGCGUUGAAAGCCCUCGGCGUCAAAGAUGCGAGUCCCAGCGGCCGGCCAACUUGGUCCCACGCGGUGCUCAAGCAAGCGUACGAGGCGUUGGUCGCCGAGACCAAGCGCCGGCCCAACGUGCUCCGGCAAGACAUGCUCGCGAGCUCAUCGUCGAUCGACGAGUUUCAGCGCAAGACGACGCGGUUUGCGCGGUCGGUUGCUGUCAUGUCGGUCGUCGGGUACCUCAUUGGACUCGGCGAUCGCCACCUCGACAACAUGUUGCUCUGCAACGCGUCCGGGGACGUGGUGCACAUCGACUACAAUGUGUGCUUUGAGAAGGGCACGAAGCUCAAGGUGCCCGAAGUCGUGCCCUUCCGCCUCACGACGAUGCUGCUCGGUGCGCUCGGCGCUACGGGCAUCGAAGGCACCUUUCGUGUGGCCAUGGAGCGCACCUUGGCCGUGACGCGCGACGACGUGGCGACCAAGGAGACGAUUCUGACGCUCCUUGAGGCGUUUGUGUACGACCCGCUCCUCGACUGGAAGGACGGUCCGGCGAAACUCUGGCGCAUGGAGAUGAACGUGCAGCUGUCGCUCUUUGCGUCACGCGCCCACGAGCGCGGCGCCGAGACGACGACCGUCUGGGAGCGUAUCCAACGCGCGUGGUCGGCACCGACGUUGACGCGGCUGCUGGCGCGCGCGCGGCCGCUCGUGGCCGCCGCCGACAGUGUCGCCUCGCUCGCGCGCGAAAUCACCGAGACGACGGCGCAAGUGGACGCUGCCGACGUGGAACUCGCCGGCUUGCAGGACGCGCUUGCGGCGACGACCCUCGACGACGAAAGCGACGACCCGAUGCGGGCCUUUGAACGGGCAAACGAGCGUCUCAGAGCUUUUAUGGGACGCUGCCACGACGCCUCCGAGUCGCACAAGACGAGCGUCGCGCUGCCGCCACGAACGCUUGGCUACGGCACGCACGACGACCUCCCGACGCUCGCCAGUGUGUGCAAGGCGCACCGGCUUGCACCGCUCGUGUCGGCGGUCGAUCGCGCGGCGGUGGCCUUGAACCAGCAGCUUACCGCUCUUGAACCAGUGCUGCAGCCGGCGCUACACUGGUUUGAGAGCGUACGAGACACGGUUUGCGGCCCGUCGCGCGGCCAUACGAUCAUGGACGAGUGGCACGCGUACGGCAUGAACCUUAUCGCAGCCGUGAGCAAGGCCGACCCGCUCGCGCACCUCGCACUGCACAGGGCCAUGUCGCUGCCCUCGCUCCUCGAGGACAUGGCGCUGGCGCAGCCGCUGCAGUACAUGUUCCGUCUCGUCAAGCUACCCGAUGGACGCCUUCUGGACGACGACGAGCCGGCGCUCGCUGCACGGACCAGCCAGAUUCUGCCGCGCCUCAAGUCGCUCAAGCUCUCGAACGCGGAAGCCCACAAGACGAUCAAAGCGGCGAUUGCUCAGUGGGGCUUGGACCAGCUCUCGGCGCCGCGGUCGUGGCGCCACCUCCGUACGUUCAUCUACGAGGCGGCGUUCCUGUUCGAUCUCGCGGAAAAAGGGGCGGUGAAGCGCGACGCGAUUGCGUGCUGGUGGCUCCUCCCGCCAGAGGGCUGGAUGCGGUUUUACACGGGCAAGUGGCGCCUCGUGUUUCGACCGGCCGACUUGAUGCAUCGACGCCUCAAGGACGUGCUCUUGCCACUGUACCAUCCACUGCACCCGCUCCGACGCUCGUCAAUGUCGGCGCUCUGCGCGCCACUGCGUGCCGAGCUCGACCGCCUCGACGCUGAACUGGCGACGGUGCCCCGCGCCGAGUGGUCGGGAUGGCUCGAUGCUCUUGGCUGGCACCCGAACAGUCGCGACGACGGAGCGUUCUGGGAGGCGCCGCUGUAUCACUACCACGGCGCUGUCCUGUCGGUGUGGUGGCUGCCCGGGAUGCACCAGCUACGCGCCUUGUGCUGCCAAUUCGCGACGCUCGAGACGACGUGGUCGGACCCGUCGGCGGCGUACGGGAUCGAGCACAAGUGGGUGACGUGUCUUCUCACGAUGAGUCGUCUCGUGAGUGCCAAUGCCCAUGAAGACGCGCUGCAGUCGGUCCUCGACGCGGCCGCGGCGUCCGUCUUGGACCUGGCGUACGGGGCCAUGCGCUCGGUUCUCGAAGACACGAUCGCGAGCGAGUGGAAGCUGCGCGUCGACCAUGGACUGGACCGCACGUGGGUCGAGGCCCUUGUACGACCGAUGGCCCGCGGUUCGUUGACGGUCGACGCACUGCUGGACGCGGUCGAGCUGCGCCCGAUGCUCGACAUCCUCCACGACCGAUGGCACUAUCUCUGGGACCGCGAAGUGUCGGCGUACCGCACCGCGUUGGUCCUGCACACGCGCCAGCUUGAGGCGCAACGGGCGACGCUGAGCUCGUGGGUGCAACCCGACCACGAGCAGUCGCGCGCGUCCCUCUUGCAAACGCUGACCGAGACGGAAGCGAUGGUCACCGAGCUCCUCGUGCGACGCGACGCACUCGAGGCAGCGCUCAACGACGCGCAACCGGUCUUGGACGAUGCGGUCAGCCGCCGUCCGACGCUUCAAGCGCCACUGCAGUCGACGCGCACGGAGCUGCGAUCGCUCGUGGCGCAGGCCGACGACAUUUACCUCGUGAUCGAGUGGGCCAAGUACUUGGACAGCGCGUUUCGCGAGAGCGACAGUGACCGCGUGCGUGAGCUCGACGACGAAGGCCUCGCGGUGGUCACCGAGUACAUGGCGCUGGAGGCGGCGUCCGCGGCGCAACGAGCAGCGACCCGCGACCACGAGGAACGCAGCGCCGCGCUCGACCGAAUGCGCAAGGACGCGUCCGACCGUCUGCGCCGUCUCCACUUGGCCCAUGCCAAGGCCCACACCGAGAUGGACAAGCUUUUGCAUCAAACACUGCCGUCGCUGGCGCCGCUGCUCGAGCAGCUCCAGCAGUCGUGGUUGCCAGAGGCGUUCAACGCGCUCUCGACCAACCCGAGUCAUGUGCUCUGGGAAAACGAGCGGCUCGUGCGACUUCUCAGUAAGAGCGUCAAGCACGGCGUCCUCCCUGAGCUGCAGACGAAGCUCAAGGCGUUUGAAGGCGCGUGUCGCCAGCUGCAUGGCAUCCUCUCGGCGCUCGAGGCACCGAUGAAUGCACUCACGUCGCUGCCUCUGGACGCCGCCUUUGGCCGGAAGAAGACGCUGGCCAACAUCGUGAGCGGCGGCGCAGCGGUCGAACCGUCGAUCGAUGCGCGGACGCAGCUCGUGACGGCGCUGUGUCACGUCGUGCACACGUGUCGGGACGACGACACGGCGGGUACCAUCGUCGCACGGACCAUCAGCGUCAUGGGCGGCUUCUUUGACAUUGCCCACCACGCGCUCGACCUCUCGAAACAAGACGAGCACGAGUGGUCGGACGACGGCAGUGACAGUGACAGUGACAAUGACGCUAGUGACGAAGACGACAGUGGCAGCGACAAUGACAGCUGUGCCAAGGCGUCCGACGACAAUGACGACGAUGAGAACGCCAGCAACGACAUUGUUCGCGUUCAGGAACGCAAUCGGUACGGACUCCAUGUCCUCCAGCGCGUCAAGGAGAAGCUCGAUGGCUACACGGUCCCGAACGCGCCGCCGCUGGCGUGCCCCGCGCACGUCGAGUACCUCCUCUCGCAAGCCACGAGCGUCGACAACCUCUGCGUCAUGUACGAAGGCUGGACACCAUGGAUCUAA